AUGAGUAAAAAGAAAGAAAUUUUGCAAGAAGAAAUAUUUGCAAUAAGAAGAAGCACUGUUGAAAAAUCUUUGCAUUCACUAGAUAUUAUUGUUCAAGUCUUUGAGUAUAUGACUAUUGUUAUUGGUCCAGCAGGCAGAACAGCAAAAUCAAUAGCUCCAUUUAAAAAACUUAGCAUUUCCAAUCUUAAUUUGGAAAUAUCUGUUUGCGAACCAAAUAAAAAUAUCGGAGUGAAAAGAACAAAAAAACAAUCUGAACAACUUCUAAAGCAAAACCUUGCUGGUAUUUCUAGAGCUCCAGCUCUGUGCUUUGGCAAUGAGUUAAAUGCUCUUGUUUUGUCGAAUUUGGAAAACUAUGAGGUCAGUCCUAUAGAGCUACUUUAUGACUUUAAAGGUCGUAUAAAAAACAUUUGGGAUGUUCUUCCUGAAAUACUAAAUUUUUCAGAAAAAAAAGUAUUUAAAGAUUGCCUUAAAUUGUUUUGGAGAAAAGAACAAUUAAUUGAAAAUAGUCCUAAUAAAAUCACUAAGAAUAAACUCUACGGCAUAUAUUAUCAUUCAAUCACAACACAUUUACCAGAAAUUGCACGCAUUAUUUCACCGAGUUUGCUGCAUACUGAAAAUGAAGAGCAGAUGUUCAGCAAAAUCAAACAAAUAAGUCUGAAUACUUCUUCAAGAAAACUGGAAUCCAUACGCGAUAACAGUAUCAUUCGAAUUCAAGCAGAACAAAAGUUUUUAGAAGAUAUCAAUUAUAAUAAAUCAAAACUAUGCUCAAUUUCUAAAAUCACAAAGUUUAGUAAAGCAAUAGAUAAAUCAGAACCUACAAAAUUUUCUAUUUAUGAAAAAGAAUUACAACUCUAUUUUGAACAAAUAAGUGAUUUUAUGCUAACUUGUUGGCAAACUUGUAUUGAAAAAAAAAUCAGUCUGCCUCUUGACCAAGUAAAUUGGUUAACAGAUGUAAAAAAUGCUGAAGGAUAUAUUUCUUUCAAAUUGAACAAGAAAAACCAAACUCAAAGUGUGAGUGACAAUGGUAACAUUGAAAAUAUAGUUGUUCCAAUUGCAGAAGACCCAAUUUUGGAACAACAACCAGCAGGAAAUUUAAAUAUUAUAAACCAGGAACGGGUUGAAACCGAAAUCUCAUUACAGGAAAAUGCAGGUGAAAAUAAAAUUGGAGAUAUGGAAACAGAAAUAACUGAUCCGAUUCAUCAAGACUGUAAUCGUCAUGCAUUUCCUUAUCGUUUCUUAAAAAAAACUCUUGCAAAUGGAGAAACAUGCAAAAGAGUCUGUUCUGCCGGAUGGGGCAUCAGUAGAGGUUGGAGAAGAUUGAAAGAUCGUAUUCCGUCGCACGAAAGUUCAAUUUACCAUAAAGAAAACUAUGUUGUAUGGAAAUCUGCAAGUAGAGCAGCAUUAUGUGAAACUUCAGUGGAUAAUUUACUUUUAUCAGAACUCAAGGCUGAAACUGAAAAUUGGAAAAAGUUAUUGCAACGUAUUCUAGAUGUUAUUAUUUUUCUUUCUGAACGUGGAUUAGCACUUUUUGGUUCUAACCAACGAAUAGCUGAGCAUGUUAAACAUGUUCGAGAAUCACAACAGUGUAAGCAGCAAACGCAAGUUCAUUAUCUUUCAAUGCGAAUUCAGAAAGAAUUUAUUGAUAUUUGUGGUUCACACGUUCAAACAGCAAUCCUCCACCAAAUUGUGAAAGCAAAAUAUUUUUCAAUAAUAGUUGAUGCUACUCCAGAUUGCUCGUACAAGGAACAAACUACUCUGGUUAUUCGUUAUGUUAAAAUUUUAGAUAAUUCAAGCUUUUCAGUUGAAGAAAGAUUUAUUUUAUUUGAAAAUUUUUCAAAAAAAACUGGGAGAGAAAACGCUGCUCGAAUACUAGAAAUAUUGAAAACUUUAAAGCUGGAUUUUGAAGCCUGCAUUGGUCAAGCUUACAACAACGGUGCUAAUAUGGCCGGAAAGUAUAACGGGGUGCAAGCGGUUUUGAUACAACAAAAUCCAAACUGUAUAUUUUCUAGCUGCGGAAAUCACUCAUUAAAUUUAGUUGAUGUCCAUUGCGCUGAAUCAUGCAAAGAAGCAGUAACGUAUUUUGGAACAAAUCAGCAAAUGUACAAUUUGUUCAGUAGCAGUCCGCAAAGGUGGGAAAUUUUAAAACAACAUCUUCCUGUUUCGUUGCAUGGAAUGUCCAAAACAAGAUGGUCAGAACGGAUUGAUGAUGCUAAACCAGUUGCACAACAUUUGAACUCAGUAAGAAGUGCUUUAAAUGAACUUGGGGUGCUACAUUUAACAGCCCAGACUAAAAUGGAACUUAAUGCUAUUCAAAAGUAUAUUUCCAAAUUUGAUUGCAUUUUGAUGUGGUCUAUCUGGAUGAAGCUACUCACAAUGAUUCAUCAGACAAAUCUAAUCAUCGAGACAUGCCAUGCCACUUUUGAUAUUGAAAAGGAUAACAUUGAAAAUCUAUGUAAUAACAUUCAAAGGUUGCGUGAACAAUUUGAUAAGAUUUUAAAUGAGUCAAAAUUUGUUGCAAGAAAUAUUGGUGUUUCAUGUGAGUUUUUAACUAAUCGUCAUUUUACAAGUCAAUUUAAAAAUUUGAAUGACGAAGAUCUUGUAUUGGCUCUUCAACAUUUUCAGCACAAAUAUGACAAAGAAAUAUCACAAGAACUUGAAAAUGAGGUUUUAUUUUUUAAAAGAAUCUAUGGUGCUAAUUUUAAACUAGACUGCACACCAAAAAAAUUGCUGGAAGAAAUACUUGGACUUGGUUUUUCAGGUGUCUUUCCAAACAUUACAAUUGCAUUACGAAUUUUUAUCUGCUUGCGUGCAUCGACGGCUUCGGGCGAACGCACAUUUAAUGUUUUAAAGCAGAUAAAAAAUUAUCAUCGUUCAGCUAUGGGGCAGGAACGGUUGAAUGGACUUGCAAUUGAAUUUCUUUAG